AUGUAUUAUGGGGGCAGUUUUUUAUCAGAUCCUGAACUCAAGUAUGCUAAUGGAAUUUCUGAUCUUGAAAAAAUAAGAAUCGAUAUAGAUGAGCUUCAUAUUAUGUUUUUUCAUAAAUUAGCUAGAGAAUUGGGAGUUGAACAAGUUGAAACCUUUGGGUGCAAAAUUAACAAAAGAGAUGGUUUUUAUAUGUUGAAAAGUGAUGUUGAUGUGUUGAGAUUUAUUAACAACUUAAAGGGUGGGGACUUUGUUGAUGUGUAUGUGGUACAUCAAAUUAGUACUCCUUUAAUUGUUGAGGAUCCUACUGAGGUGCAAAUUGCCCAAUUGCUUACUCCCAAAAAAGGUAAGCCCCCACCACCUACUGUUAUAAAUGUUAGGGCUGAUGUGUCUUCCCCUCAACCAUUUGAUAAAAAUGAUACAAAUAUAAAAGAAGAUCAACAACCUAGGGUAGACAAGGGUAAGAAUAAGGAGGCUGCUGCUCCUGAGGUUUCUUUAGAGGACUUAGAUGAAGAUGAAGGUCAAGGUCAAGGUAAUGACUUUUCUUCCUACCACCUUCAUACAUCUGAUGAAUCUGAUGUAGAUGUAGAUGCUAAACAAUCUAAUUCUGAGUCACUUUAUGAUGUUGAUGAGAACAUUGAUGACUUAAGUAUAGAUGUUGGUUUUGAAGAUAUUUAUAAGAAUAAGAGGGAAAUAUAUGAAGGAAAAUUGGGUGGGGAUGACCUGUAUUUUGAUAGCUCAGAUCCUGGCAGUGAUAUUAGUGAGGAUGAAGGGGAUCCUGUUGAUUCUGAUGAGGUUGUAGAUCCACCAGCAAGGAAUUCAAGUACAAAGUUUAGAGAAGCACUACAAACUUACUCUAUUCAGAAGGGUGUGAACAUUAAACUUAAACCUAAUAAAAAGGAGAGGAUCAGGGCAAAGUGUAAUAAGAAGGGUUGUCCUUGGCAUAUUCUUGGAAGUAUUGAGGGUAAUACUGGAAAUUUUAUUGUGAAGACAUAUUUUUCUGUCCAUAAGUGUUUCAAAAGAACAAGAAACAAGUUGUGUACUCCAAACUGGAUUUGUAAGACUUACAAAGACAGAAUCAUGAGUGAGCCUAGCAUCAAACUCCAUCAGAUUCAAGGCUUGGUACAAAAGGAUUAUGGAUUGUAUGUUAGUAAAACAAGUUGUAGAAGAGCAAAAAUGAAAGUCAUGAAUGAGCAUAUGGGUGAUUUCAUAGAGGAAUUUGCAAGAUUGUAUGACUAUGCUGAGGAGUUGAAGUCUACAAAUUCAGAAACUACUGUGGUUGUUAGGACAUCCAAGAAUACAAUUCCUGGAAAAGAGGUAUUCCAAGGGAUUUAUAUUUGUCUUGGAACAUUAAAAAGUGGUUGGAUGGAGGGGUGUACAAGGAUAAUUGGUUUUGAUGGUGCAUUUUUGAAAGGUGUAUGUAGAGGUGAACUGUUGUCUUGCAUUUCCAAGGAUGGAAAUAAUCAAAUGUACCCUGUAGCAUGGGCAGUAGUUAAUAAAGAAUCCAAGGACACAUGGUCUUGGUUUAUCAAGUGCAUUAAACAUGAUUUGGAACUGACACAAACUGAAGGUGAAGGACUGACAGUUAUGUUUGAUAUGCAGAAGGGUCUUAACCUAGCACUUGUUGAUUUAUUACCAAAUGCUGAGAUUAGAUGGUGUGCUAGACAUAUAUGGGCCAACUGGAAGAAGGUAUGGAGUGGUGAAGAAAGGAGGAAGAAGUUUUGGCAGGUUGCUAAGGCUCCAUUUGAAGUUCAUUUACAAUUAAAACUUGAUGAAAUGAGUCUGUUGGGAGAAGGUAUUGUGAAAGCUUUGUUAAAGUACAUCAAAAAUGCAUGGUGUAGGGUAUUAUUCAAGGACCAUAGCAAGUGUGACAUAGUUGAGAAUAAUAUGUGUGAAACAUUUAAUAGUUGGAUCUUGACAGCUAGAUUCAAAUCAAUCAUCACAAUGUUAGAGGAAAUUACAGUCAAAGUCAUGGAAAGAAUGACUCAAAUGAGGGAGUUUUCUGAAAAAUGGAUAACUGAUGUGUCACCUAUGGCUAUGCAAAUUCUUACUGACAAUGCUGAACAUGCAGCCAUAUAUGAGGUUAAAUUUAAUGGAGAUAAUGGCUAUGAGAUUCAACAUCCACCAUAUAAACAUGUUGUUAAUCUAAAAAAGAAAGUGUGUAGUUGUAGGUCAUGA